AUGAGCUCAGUCCUUUCAAAGAUCUUCAACUCGACUCAUCUCAACCCAAACUCAAACCGGCGCACCUCUGAUCAAAAAGCAUCACAAUCUCGUAUACGCUUUAAACGGCAGUUAUAUACAUACCCACCGUAUUCAGACAAAAUGCGACCCACUAUUGAGAGACUGGAUAAGCCCAGCGCUUACUAUUUAUCGAAGAAUAAACGGAGAAAGUUUGGUGAUCGGGAUGGAACCCAAGAGGACCCCGUUGACCCCUUGAAGGAUGCUACUACGCUCUAUGUCGGGAAUCUCUCAUUCUACACGACGGAGGAACAGAUACACGAGCUUUUCGCCAAAUGCGGAGAGAUCAAACGGCUAGUCAUGGGCCUUGAUCGAUUUGCGAAAACACCCUGCGGCUUCUGCUUUGUAGAAUACUAUACUCACCAAGAUGCGCUGGACUGCAUGAAAUAUAUUGGGGGUACUAAACUGGAUGAGCGGAUAAUUCGGACAGACCUGGACCCUGGGUUCCAGGAAGGGCGGCAGUAUGGACGGGGUAAAUCUGGUGGCCAGGUUCGGGAUGAGUACAGAGAUGAAUACGAUCCAGGACGCGGGGGUUAUGGCCGCGCCAUUGCUGACGAGCGGAGAAAGGAAGAAGAGGAGUACGGGAAAGGUAGGUAA